AUGCAUUAUCUCACUAAACAUUUUGAGCUGAAAAACAAAACUUUGGGCUGUACAUAUUUCCCAGGAGAACACACUGGGCAAACAAUAUUUCUAAAAAUUAAAAAUAUGGUUUCAAAAUGGGGCAUAGAUGCUGAAAACUCUAAUACUCCAAUCUACAUUGUGACUGAUAAUGCUAGAAAUAUUACGCACACAUUACAGUUAGCAAUUAAUGAUGCAGUAAAAGAAAAUAAUAUGGGAGAUGUUUUGAAGAAAUGUCGUUCUUUGGUCUCUCAUUAUAACCACAGUGUCAAAUCAUAUGAACGAUUGUAUGACAUCCAAACAAGAUUAAAUUUACCUCAGCAUAAACUUAUUCAAUCUAUCGAUAUCAGAUGGAACAGUAUAUAUUUAAUGCUUGAGCGUAUACUGGAACAAAAAAGUGCAAUAACAUUAGAUUUACAAAAUAUUAAAAAAAAUGGUUUUGUACCGAGAGAUUGGAAAUUAAUUGAAGGUUAUGUAGAAGUGCUAAAGCCCAUUUUUGAAGCCACCAAGGAACUUUGUCAAGAAAAAAUUCCUACUUUAUCUAUGGUUAACCCAAUUUUAUAUCCAAGAUUCAAAAUUGUUAUGUUGGAACCACAUGAAGUAGAUGCAGCAAAGGAAAUACUUAAAAUAGAAGUUGAAGCUUUUAGAACACCACCAUCCAAUUUACAAAUUAUAAAUGAAACAACAGAAUAUACAUUGGAGCCAAGUAAAUCUUCAUUAUGGGAUAUUCUUAAUGAACGAUCAGCCACUAUAAAACAUAUGGAGGGCCAGAUAGAUUAUGUUUUGAGAGAAAUACAGGAAUAUUUAAAACUACCACUGAUUUCUCCAACAUCAAAUCCUUUAACUUGGUGGAGCUCUAACCAAACUACAUUCCCAAAUUUAUUACCAGUUGCAAUGAAAUAUCUAGGUAUUCCUGCCACGUCUGUUUGCUCUGAGCGCAUGUUCUCUAAAGCAGGACAAAUUGUUACCAAGAGGAGACAGAGACUUAGUCCUGAAUCAGUAGAAAAAUUAGUUCGGUUCGGUUUGGUAGAAAAUAUUAUGGUUCGGUUCGGUUCGAGUUCGAAAAAAUAA